GAAACCCACGAGGAAUCAGUAGUGGAUGAGAAGAGCAUUAAAGAUGUUGAAUGUGAUUACAAGCUUUUUCGAACAGGAGAACCAGAAUCACUGGAUACAAUACCGAGUGUUACUGUUGGCGAAGAAAUCGAGCAUUUCUGGGUUUGCCGUAAUAUGAAUGCUGAUCAGUUUAUGUACGUACACGAUUGUACUGUAAAUCCAGAAUUUAACACCGGGAAUGAUCCAGUAAUAGUUGACUCACACGGAUGUACCACCGAUUCACUAGCGAUGGGCCCAAUUCAGUAUUCACGCGAUGGUCAUCGAGCAUCAGCGAAACAUUUUGCUUACAAAUUUGCCGGUCAUCCGAAUUUGCUUUUCAAAUGCUCAAUUAGCAUAUGCCGGAAAUCAGUAGUGGCGUGUCGAUAUGGAGACAAUACACCGAUGCUAAAGGUAAGUUGCUGGAAAAAUGAAAAGCUCGAGACGGACAAAGAAUAA